AUGAUUAGAUCCAGAAAUUCAAAUCCAAAUAGAUUGAAAAAUCUAUUUUUAAACAAAUAUAGCUUUUUCUUAUUUAUUACAAUUAUAUUAUAUUAUUAUUUUUCUUUUAAUAUUCAAAAGACAAUUGAUCACCAACCAAUUACAGUCCACUCAGAAACACAACCACAACAAAAAGAACCAAUAAAUAAAUUACAAUAUGUUCAAAAAUUAAUUGAUGAUAAUAAAUUAAUAAUAUUUUCAAAAACUUAUUGUGGCUUUUCAAAGAGAAUUAAACAAUUAUUUAAAACAAUUGAUGGUGUAACACCAAUGAUUGUUGAAUUGGAUAUAAUAGAUGAUGGAACUGAAAUUCAAUCAAUUUUAAGUGGAAUAUCAAACAUUCGUACAGUUCCUCAACUUUUUAUUAAUGGUAAAUUCAUUGGUGGAAAUGAUGGUAAGUUUUUUUUAUUUUAUUUUUGGAAGAAAAAACUUUUACUAACUUGGAAUUUUUUUUUUUUUCCCAAAAAUAAAUAA